AUGGUAGAUGCGCCCCGGGCAGCCAAGCGGGCCCGCACCGCGCACAGGGCGCCCGCUGCGGACGCCAAAGCCCCGGCCCCGGCCCCCACGCGCCCCCAACAGACCGCGCCGCGCCACCCCGGGAAGCCCCUCGCGUCGGACGGCUCCCCGCAGCGCGUGCGCCCUCCCCUGGAGGCUCGGCGCCGUUCCCAGCCCACGGCCAAGGACUCGGCGGCCUCCCCGCUCCGGUCGACGCCGCGGGCCGUCGCGACCGGCACGGCGGACUUCGCCCCGACGCCCGCGACCGCGACGGCGUCGCUCGCGCGCGGGGUCCCCGGACUCCCCGCCGACACCCCCCCCACGGCGGCGCUCGCCGAGGCGCAGGUCGCUCUCGCGCUGCGGUCGCCGCUGCGGGACGCCGCAGACGCCGUGGGCAUGUUCAGCGCGUGGACGCACUCCACGCCGCCGCCGCUGAUGCACCACCGCGCCCGCGGGGGCGUCGGAGACACCCCCCACGCCCCCGGGACCUCCCUGGGCGUCAUGUCGCCAUAUGGCGCGCUGAUGGGCCUGGGGUCGCCCGUGCCCGGGGACGCGGUGCAGCUGCGCCUCGCGUCGCCGCUCGGGACGUUUCCGUCGCAGGGGGAGCGCGGGCAGCACGGCAACUCGUCGCCGUCGCCGCUGCGCGGGCUGCUGGGGCCGGGGCGGGCACGCGCUGCCAUCAACGACGCGGUGGUGUACCACAUGCUGGACGGACACUCGAACAACCGCCUCGGACCGUCGCUGCUGGCUGCUGGGGCGCCCGCGGGCGCUGCCGCGGCGCCUCCGACGGGCGUGGCGGCCGGCGGCGCGGCGGCGGGUGCGGGCGUGUGGGCGCUGAACGCGGGGCGCUCGCCCCGCGGGACGGCCGUCGGAGGCGCCCGCGGCGCGCUCCCCGCGAGCCCCUCGGGCCACCGAAGCAACUCGCUGGUCGCGCACUCGUCGCUGGCCGACUCUUACGCCCCGAACGGCCCGUGGACGGACCCCAUCAUGCUGGGCCGCGCCGCUGCGCCGCCGGUGGCGUCCGCGGAGGCCGCGGCGGCGCUCGCGUCGGCGAACGCGGUCGCGGCGGCUCUCCACUCGAACGCGCUGCACGCGGACGUGCCCCCGGGCCCGGCGACCCCCGAGGAGGUGUGCAUGAUGCAGGUACUGGCCCGGAUGGGGGUGUCGGACCAGGUGGCCGCGUCAGGGGUGUGUCGGACGUGGCGGCGCGCGGCGCAGCGGCUCUGGGCCGGGACCGAGCAGGUGGCCGUCGAGUGGUCGCGUUCCGAGCGCGAGGCGAUCCGCGACGUGCUCCCCAAGCUGCAUGCACUGCGCGAGCUCACCGUGCAUGCGGCGGAGGACAUGAGCGACGCGGACGUGUCGCUCCUGGCGCUCUCGCUGCCGCCGCGGAUCCAGCGCGUCGCGUUCCAGCCCGCCCCGGAGCGCCCGAACGCGCUGAGCGGGCUGAGUCAGGCCGGGCUGCACCACCUGUCGAGCGCCAACCCCGUGCUGAGGGAGCUGUGCGUCGAGGGCGCGUCCGGGCUCAAGGAACUCAGCAUCGUCGGGGCGUGCCUCAAGUCCCUGCGCGUCGGCGGGUGCUCCGCGCUCGAGAAAGUCCAGCUGCGGUGCCCGGCGCUGGUGCGACUCUCCAUCGCCGCACUCGGGCCGGAACUCCCCCCCGUGACACCCCCGCCCGGCUGGGUCCCGUGGUCCUCGGGCCGGCUGCCGACCUCCGGCCAGUCGUCGAAGUUCAUCGGGGUCGUCCGGGCCAUCGCGGAGCAGUGCCCGAACCUCGAGUGUCUGCACAUUGCCAGCGAGCAUAUCACCGACAUGGCGGUCCACACGCUCCUCUCCAACCAGCCGGGCUCCCUCCGCGCGCUCGCGCUCAACCACGCGCCCACGCUGACGAGCUCCGGCAUCGGCUGCAUCCCGCGGCGCUGCCCGCAGCUGGCGCUGCUUGACGUGUCGGGCUGCUGGAGUCUGACUGACAGCGCGAUCGAGGCCGCGUGCGCGCCGCUCGCCGGAACGCUCACUGCGCUCCACGCCGCCGCGUGCCCGCGCCUGAGCCGCGCGGGCGUCCAGCGGCUGCUGACGCGGCUGCCGAAGCUGACUACGCUCGACGUGGGGUACUCGUUGUCGCGGGACACGGAGGAGGGGGUUGUCCAGGGUGCGGAUGUCGAUGCGGACGUGGGGGUGGCGGCGCGGCUGCCGCGCGCGACGCGCCGGUUGGACUUCGCGCACGUCGGAGGGAGCCCGGCAGCGUCGCCAGUGGUGCGGGCGCGCGUGGCGGCGGCAGACGCUGCGGAGUUCGGGGAGGGCGACGGCGUGGACCUGAGUCAGCCGGCGUCCGAGGGGACGGCACCGGUGUACGAGCUGGUCGCGGAGUCGCAGUCGCUGACGACGCUUUCGCUUUGGGGCUGCACGCGCCUUGAGCGGCUCCUGCUGAGGUGCCCCAGCUUGCAGCGCCUGGUGGUGACGCGCUGCGCGCAGCUGGAUAUCGACGAGGUGGUUGCGAGCGUGCCGGCGGGCUGCACGGUGGUCUCGGAACGAUGCGGCUGA